GUCCUCAGCGACGCCGCCGCCUCCGCGCCGCCCCCGCGCCGGCCCCCGCGCUCCUGCCCACCCUGCGACGGGCGUGAGCGCCGUGGCCAGCCCUUGGCCGGCCGGUGGGCAGCGGGCGCCAUGGCCUCACCGGAGCCGCUGCGGCCGCGCCUGUGCCGCCUGGUGCGCGGCGAGCACGGCUACGGCUUCCACCUGCACGGGGAGAAGGGCCGCCGCGGGCAGUUCAUCCGGCGCGUCGAGCCCGGCUCCCCGGCCGAGGCGGCCGGGCUGCGCGCCGGAGACCGGCUGGUCGAGGUCAACGGCGUCAACGUGGAGGGCGAGACGCACCACCAGGUGGUGCAGAGGAUCAAGGCCAUGGAGGGGCAGACGUGCCUGCUCGUGGUGGACAAGGAGACGGACGAGGAGCUCCGCCGGCGGCAGCUGACCUGCACCGAGGAGAUGGCCCGGCGAGGGCUGCCGCCGGCCCACGACCCCUGGGAGCCGAAGCCAGACUGGGCGCAAGCGGGCAGCCUCAGCUCUGAGGCCACCCAGGAGGAUGCCAACGGGCCCCUGAGGGAGCUGCGCCCAAGGCUCUGCCACCUGCGGAAGGGCCCCCAAGGCUACGGGUUCAACCUGCACAGUGACAAGUCCCGGCCCGGACAGUACAUCCGCUCGGUGGACCCCGGCUCCCCCGCCGCCCACUCUGGCCUGCGUGCCCAGGACCGGCUCAUAGAGGUGAACGGGCAGAAUGUGGAGGGGCUGCGCCAUGCAGAGGUGGUCGCCAGCAUCAAGGCACGGGAGGACGAGGCCCAGCUGCUGGUGGUGGACCCCGAGACGGAUGAACACUUCAAGCGGCUGAGGGUCACACCCACCGAGGAGCAUGUGGAAGGCCCACUGCCAUCGCCAGUCACCAACGGGACCAGCUCAGUCCAGCUCAAUGGUGGCUCCGUGUGCUCAUCCCGAAGCGACCUGCCCGGCUUAGACAAGGACACUGAGGACGGCAGCACAUGGAAGCGAGACCCUUUUCAGGAGAGCGGCCUUCACCUGAGCCCCACGGCAGCCGAGGCCAAGGAGAAGGCGAGGGCCACUAGGGUCAACAAGCGAGCACCACAGAUGGACUGGAACCGGAAGCGCGAGAUCUUCAGCAACUUCUGAGCUCCCCUGCCUGCUCCCCGCCGGCUCCUCCCCACGGGCCUGGGCCUCGCCCUUCGGACUGCCCAGAGUGCCCCAUGCCCCGGUGGACUGGAGGGGGCAUCCUUCCCCCUAAGCUGGGGUGGUCCCACCACCACCCAGGAACCAGCACGUGCCCCCGGGAGCCCGUCCUGCCCCCCACCCGCGGGGUGCUAGGGGAGUGUGGCCGCAGGAUGGGCAGAGGGAGCCCCUGAGAUGUGAGAGACCCAGAGAGACAGUGAGGGGCAGGGGGAGAAGGGGGGGAGGGGCAGUGGUGACCCGCGGGCUGGCCGCCGUGCUGACUGCCUGGGCCUGCUGACUUACAGGAAUUUGUGUUUUUGCCUUUUUUUUUUUUUUUUUUCCAGAAAGAGCUCUAGUUCCACAUAUGUUUCCACUUAAUAGCAGAGCCCCGCCCCCACCCCCUCAGGACUGCUCUCUAAAUACUUGCAAUAAAACAAACCUUUCUCUGCACACCAUUUCCCCCCAACCCCCUCAGCAGCAGCCAUCCCAAGUGGGAGUCCAAGGGACUGGGCUGGGGGCUCGCAGGCUUCAGGGCAGGGGCUGUGGGAGCUGCCCUCUGCCCCGUCCUGGGGUGGGCAGUCUGAGGACAGAGGCCCCGUGCCCCUGAGGAGGGCACCUCUGGACAGGCCCCUCGUCCCUGCAGGGCAGCCCCCAGGAAGGAUCCCAGGCUCCAGGGCUUGGCCCCUGCCGGGAGCCUCCCGGGAGAAACCCCGAUCUGCCUUUCCCUUUGCCCAGAUCCCGACCCACCGACCGACAUUGCUGUCUGCCCUACAAGCCAUAGCGCAUGCGCGCCCUCAGAAUAAACAGGCCUUCCUUGGA